CCGCCCGACUGAUAAAGUGAUAACCAAAAAUCGUUUCUCCGAGACCGGAAACGCCAACUUCACAGUUCCGGUAAUUGGACUUCAUCUUCAUGUUAAUACAUUUUUUCGACUCGCAAGUCUCGCACUUUGUAGUCGAUCUUUAUUGGUGUUUUUGAAUUUCGGACGAAAGUUAUUGUCCCAUGGUAAUUGACGAUUGAUGAACUCACAUAAUCACGUAACGUGGCGGAGAUAGACGAGUAAACAACGCUUUAAAUAGUAAACUUUCAUAACGAUGGUUCGAACUGCUAUUUUGUCCAGAUCCAGUUAUCGACUAUGUAAGCGAUAUGUGGCUGAAAAGGUUGCCUGCGCAAUUAAUAAAAAUUCAAAAGAUGUAGUAAAUGAUUUCAUAGCUAAUCUGAAAAUAGGAAAAGUAAAUUCUAUGAACGAUAUUGGUUUUCACAUGCCUCUUAAUAUUCUUCAAAAAUAUUUUGGAACAAAUCCAUUAAUAGAUUUUAAAAUACCAAGUCACGAAAUAACAACUUCUCAAUUAAAUCCACAACAUUUAAUAAUACAUUUAAAUAAACAUGAGUUUAUUAACGACAUACUUAAAAAUAAUAUUGAUAUAACUUGUCAACAUUGUAUACAGAAUUCUAAACCUUCCAUCAUUGAUUUUAGUUCUCCAAACAUUGCAAAGCCAUUUCAUGUUGGUCAUUUACGUUCAACUAUUAUUGGAAACUUUAUUUCUAACUUAAAAAAUUUUAUCAAUGGCCGUGUUAUACGCAUUACCUACUUGGGUGACUGGGGACCUCAGUUUGGUUAUACCCUACUAGGAUUAGAACAAAUGAAACCAGAUAUGUCUAAUAACGAUAUGACAAUAGAAUCUUUACACAAUGCGUACAUAUUAGCCAAUCAAAUGGCAAAAAAUGACUCGAGCAUUCAUAAUAAAGCUAAAUCUAUAUUUAAAGAUUUAGAGUGUGGUAAUUCUACCUCUGAUAUUAUUAACUUAUGGAAUGAAUUUAGAUCAAUCACUAUUAAUGAAUUAGAAGUUAUUUAUAAGAGAUUGGGAAUAGUCUUUGAUGAAUAUGAGUGGGAAUCAAAAUAUUCAAAAGAAAAAAUUCAAGAUGUUCUAGAUCAGCUCAAUAAAAUUGGCUUAUUAAAACGUAAAGAAGAUGGAUCUACUGUUGUGCUUUCUAAUAAUCAAGAAAUCACAAUUUUAAAAAACGAUAACUCUACAUUAUACCUCACACGAGAUAUUGCUGCAGCACUUAAACGCCACAAAUGUUAUGGUGCUGAAGAUUUAUUUUAUGUUGCUGAUAAUACUCAAGGCAAACAUUUUUACUUACUAAAAUCCAUAAUUGCACAAAUUAAUUCAAAUAUAAAUGUGCAUCAUAUUCCAUUUGGAAGGAUACAUGGUAUGAGCUCAAGAAAAGGCGAGGGAAUAUUGUUAAAUCAACUUCUAAAUCAGGCAAAAUUCACUAUGAACUUGAAAAGAAAAUAUUCUGAAAGUUGGUAUAAAUAUAAUAUGGUAAUAAUUAGAGUUAAAAACGUGAAUGGAGAUACUGGCAUUAAACUUCAAUAUACACAUUGCCGUUUAAUAAGUCUAGAAGAUGUUAAUUCUAAUGUAACCUUACCAGAUGAUGUUGUUCCUGAAUGCUUUACUGAAACUGUCGCAUUAGACUUAAUUUUAGAAAUAUGUCGAUUUGAAGAUAUAUUAAAUGAAACAAACCAGGAAUUAGAAGCAUGUAUUUUAGUCAACUAUUUAUUUCGAUUAUCCAAUUGCAUCAACAAAGCUUUAAAAGUUUUAAAUGUUAAAAAUUCUAGCAGUAUUGUUGCUCAGCAAAGAAUUUUGUUGUUCUGCAGAGCAAGAGAAACACUUAGUUGUGGAAUGAAAAUUUUAGGAUUAGUUCCAUUAAAAUGUAUGUGAUUAAUAGCUUACUUACAAAUUUUUGUUCUACUAGACAAAUGUGAAGAAUAUAAAUAAUUAAUAGUUUU